AUGACACAAAAGGCGACCAUGUCAAAGAUCAAGGAGGAUAUCCGACACUUGUCCGUCAACGGGGGAGAAUAUUCCGGAGGACUGGAAAGAGUCAUGGAGGGGCUGGAGGACGAGCUGUACGAGUUCAAGUGCGCCAUGAGAAAGGGCUUCGACGUGCUCGUCGUGAAAGAGAAGAGUCUAUCCUCCGAGGUGGAAGAACUUCGAGGGAAAGUCAAGGAAUGGGAGAAAAAGCCGAGAAGGGAUGUGCCUGCAAUGCAACCAACCGCCGGCAGCAGGCCAUCGACAGCAGCAGCAGCAGCAACACGACGACGUAGUGCGGGUGAGGAACACGUAACUGCUGAUGAGGGAGUACAAGAGAGAAAAGGAGCGGAUACUGAAGAAGAAGGCAAAGAAUGCCGAGGGGUCUCCAACAAGAGAAGCGGCGGGGACUCGGGACAACGGCGAAGGGAAAGAUACGGGGAUGCCGUGGAGCAGAUCAACCGCCUGAUACAACGGGAGGGGGGAGCCACGGGUGGGUGGCCGCAGCACGAGCACGACUGCUUUCUCCGCCUGUGGACACAGGCAAGGAGCCGAGGGCCCAAGCACGAAGCACGCCCGCCACCAUCUUCGCCGGCAGACAGAGCGGCCGUGUCCUCCCUGCUACAGCGCGCGCAGACGAUGCUGCCCGCUAGAUCAGCCGACGAGGUGGAGGAGCACUUAAGAUGGCACGGCAGGCACACGGGCUACAACGAGGAGAAGAGGCGUCUAGCCAAGGCCUGGCGGGAGGAGCGACAGCACGAACAACAAGCCGACGCCGAAACCAACGAGUGCCCAAACGGAACUUGCGAAGAGUUUACACCAAACGGUAACACAAACGGUACGGUCCAGACUACACAGCAACAGGACUACCGUAGGGCAGCGGCGGCGGCGGAACAGAGGGAGCGGGAGCGUAAGAGGAAGGAGGUGGAAGCUUGGCGGGCGGCGAAGGAGGCGAAGGAGAGGGAGCAGAGAGAGCGUGAGGAGCGGCGGAGGGCCGACGAGGCCGCCAAGUUCGACGAGUGUCGAGAUCGAAUGAGGCUGUUUUCUCUCGUUUUUUUUUAG